CAGAUAUACGACUCAAUGGCAGCUCGUUCCUUGAGCUAUUCUUUGCUCCCUAAAAGGAUUGAGGGAUUGAAGAGAUCAGCCUCUCUCCUUCCUAACAACAUAGCGAUACAGAGGGACACCAAUAGAGAGCCUGUUGGAUAUGCAGUGGCUCACAGGAGCGAGUUAGUUAUUGUACGUUGGGGACAGGAUGGCUCCUGCAAGCAGUCAAUAGUUGAGCCUUUUGUGAGAUCUGAUGAAAUAGACAGUUUAACCUUCAUCACUGGAAUGAAAUGGUGUCUCCUUGAAGGAGUUGAUCCUGUCCUUGUUGUCACUUCCUUUGCUGGUUUUGUUGUGUUAAAUUUUGACGCUACAUCACGAUUAUUUCAGUACAGAUUAACGCAUAAAGAUACUUUAGGAGUAUCAUCUUGUGCCCGGGGUAUUUCCUGUUAUUCUAAUAAUAUAUUUGUUGGUACUUCUGAGGGAUAUAUAUUAGUAUUCACAGUCACUCUUAACGAGGGGGUGGAGUUUAGACAGCAACUAGGAGAGGAAGGGGAACCUCCUGUUUCAUGUAUUGGUACGUGUGAUGAUGGACGAGUUGCUACUGGCAACGAGAAUGGAGACAUUGUGAUAUGGAAGGACACAUGUAGACUUAAGACGCAAGAGAGAAUAGCAACUUUUAAUGGAGAAAGCCGUGGUUGCUGUACCAGCAUUAGUUGGUGGAGGGAUCUUGUUGCAGCUGGUUUUGCUAAUGGACAGGUCAGUAUAUACAGUCCUGAUCGAGGUCAAAGGUUGAUUGAUGUUAAUGCUCACUCAAAAUGGAUCAAUGGAAUUGAUAUUGCACCCAAAACUGGACUGAUAUUAAGUUAUUCUGAGGAUUCAACUUUCUCAGUUUGGAAACUUUCAGGAAACAGUAAACAACCAAAAAUUUCUUUGGUAUACAAUUGUCUGGUGGAGAAUACAUUGCUAACUGGGGGCGUGUUUUAUGAUGGAGUAGGUUCCAUUCUAUCCCUUGUGGCUUAUGAUUCAAAUGUCAUCACUGAAUAUGGACAAACACUGUCUCCAUGACAACCAUUAUUGACGGCAAACCAAUCACUUUAAUUAUCUUUUAUUUUAGUUCAUUCAAUUUAAUGCUUAGAGUUUAGCUUCAAAAUAAUAAUAAAAUUUAA